UUCCCUUUAACUAAAAAGAAUGACUUCAUCUUCUUCCUCAGAGCAUCCACCGGCUCCCCUGUCUCUGAAACCCAUCCCCGGCGGCUAUGGCCUCCCCUUCUUUGGACCCAUCAAAUCUCGCUAUGAUUACUUCUACUUUCAGGGGAGAGAAAAGUUCUUCCGAUCUCGAAUGGCCCAAUACGGCUCCACCGUGUUCCGAACCAACAUGCCGCCGGGCCCCUUCAUCUCCUCCGAUUCCAGAGUCGUCGUCCUCCUCGACGCCCGGAGCUUUCCGAUCCUUUUCGACACUACUAAGGUUGAGAAACGGAAUGUUCUCGACGGAACUUACAUGCCCUCCGUCUCCUUCACCGGCGGAAUUCGCACCUGCGCUUUUUUAGACCCGUCGGAAACAGAGCACUCUGUUCUCAAACGUCACUUCCUUAAAUUCCUCGCCUCUCGUCACGACAAAUUCAUCCCUCUGUUUCGAAACUCUGUGUCGGAGAUGUUUAGUAAGCUGGAAAAGGAAUUGGAAAAGAAUAACGCUGCAGAUUUCAACUCUGUUUCCGAUGCGGCGUCGUUUGACUUCAUUUUCCGGUUGCUCUCCGAUGGAAAACCCGAUGAGAAACUCGGCUCCGAUGGACACAGUUUGGUUGAUCGAUGGCUUAUUAUGCAGCUCGCUCCAUUAGCCACUCUGGGUUUGCCCAAAUUCCUCAGCUGCUUUGAAGAUCUCAUCAUCCAUACCUUCCCUCUGCCAUUCGCGCUCGUCAAGAACGCUUACAGGAAGCUUUACGAUGCAUUUUACGACUCGUCGGAGACAUUUCUAAACGAAGCCGAAAAACAGGGGAUAAACAGAGAGAAAGCAUGUCACAAUUUAGUGUUCUUGGCCGGAUUCAACGCAUACGCCGGAAUGAAAGUGUUGUUACCAAUUAUACUAAACUGGGUCGGAUCCGCCGGUAAGGAGCUUCACCGGAAACUCGCCGGCGAAAUUAGAGCCGCCGUGAAGGAAAACAGAGGACUAACAUUCACCGCCAUAGAGAACAUGAGUUUACUGAAAUCCGUCGUGUACGAGGUUCUGAGAAUCGACCCGCCGGUGCCGUACCAGUACGCGAAGGCGAAACAGGACAUUAUAAUCGAGAGCCAUGAUUCGGCUUUCGAGAUCAAGAAAGGGGAGAUGAUUUUUGGGUAUCAGCCGAUCGCCACUAGAGAUCCGAAGGUGUUUGAGAAGCCGGAGGAGUUUAUCGGCGACAGGUUCGUCGGAGAGGAAGGGGAGAAGCUUUUGAAGUAUGUUUACUGGUCAAAUGGCCGGGAGACGGAGGAGCCCACGACGGAGAAUAAGCAGUGUCCGGCGAGGGAUCUGGUGGUGCUGGUGUCCAGAGUAGUUUUGGCGGAGCUUUUCCUCCGUUACGACACGUUCGCCGUCGAGGGAACUCAGUCGUCGUUGGGUUGGUCCGUUAAGGUGAAAUCGUUGACCAAAGCCUAAUCGCCGUCAACGAUUGCACCGGGUUUCUGUGUACCUGAGC